AUGGCACUUGAUAAUUCGCCUGUUGAGUAUUCAGUUGCAAUCGAACAAGACACCGGUACUAUACAGCUCCGCGUCUCGUUGGAGGCUGAAGCAUCGGAGAACACAAUUGAGAGUUACCAAAAGGCUGCUCUUGACCUCACGCAGCAGGUAAGAGAUAAAUACCCAGGAGUAUCUCUAAACCGGUUCGAUGCUAUCUCAGAUCUCUUCUUCCCUCAAGGAGCAUCAGGGCCAAUGGCGGGAAUGCACAGCUUUGUCUCUAACCCCACAGCAGAACCACAAUGGAAGAUAUAUCUCAACCCGCGAGCACUCGGUCUAUCUGAAGCCGAUAAUAUAGUAAGAGAGGCACUCAAUCGACUAGAAAUGCCAGAAGCAUAUGAAGUCUUGCAGGGAAUGAAAGCUUCCGAAACCGAAAGUUUUGUAUACUUCUCGCUGGACCUCCACCAAAGUCACAAAUCUCGCGUCAAGGUUUAUAUUCAGCACACUGAUAUAACCGCCAUUACCAUUAUGAAAAGACUUGCGCCAUCAAUGGGUAUGCCAGCUUCCGAGCUUCAUCGUUUCUGUACCACUCUAUCAGGUGGUUCUGAGGGUCCGUACGCAAGCAAGAAAGUCAUCACUUGUUUUGCGUUUACCCAAGGAAGUACUGGCGAGUUGAAUAUUGAGACGACAUUGCAUUUCCCUGUCUCUCACUACGCCGCUCAUGAUGCAGAAAUCCAGACACGAGUCCAAAAAUACGUUUUGAGCUUGCCCAAAGGCGAAAGACAGGAAGACGCGAUAUUACAGACAUAUAAGAGACUUAUAGAGGCAGUAGCUCAUCGGCUCCUGGAGAGUGGGCGAGGAAUCCACGCUUGGGUUGGUCUAAAGGGGUCAGGGACGCGAAGUCCAGUUUUGACUUUUUACUUGCAGCCAGAGAUGUUCAAGGUUCUUGAGCGAGAGCAUUGUUAG